AUGCCAGCCACCCAAGGAGACGGCCCCGAGAAGUUCAAGGAGCUGGCACCACCCCCGGCGAAACUCUGCCGGAGGAGUGGCCAGUUCACCGUCCCGGAUCUCCACCCCGGCACGCUCGACUCCCUGCUUGCCCUCAGCGACGACCUCGUCAAGUCCAACAUCUUCAUCGAGGGCGUCUCGCAGAAGAUCCGCCGGCAGAUCGAGGACCUGGAGCGCGCCGGAGGGGUCGAGCCCGGCACCCUCACCGUCGACGGCGUCCCCGUGGACAGCUAUCUCACCAGGUUCGUGUGGGACAAGGGCAAGUACCCCGUCAACGCCCCGCUCAAGGAGACUGUCGCCAGCAUCCAAUCCCAGGUCAAUGUGCUCUGUUUCCUGAACAUGUAUAUCCUUUCAAGUUCACUAAUGUGGUUACCACCACGACACACGUCCCUCCAAGGACCAAGGGUGGGCAUGAUCUUCUACAAGUUUUCGGUGAUGUGCGUCGUGAAGCGGGACGGGCAGACAGAGACGGUGCACUUCGACAAGAUCACGAUGCGGCUCAAGAAACUCAGCUAUGGGCUCAACCAGGAGCACUGUGACCCCGUGCUCGUCGCGCAGAAGCUCGCGGCGAGGAUUGCUGUGUCCAACCGACCGCCAAGUGGAAAUAGUCUAUGUGGCGCUCGUAAAUAG